CCAACCAAAGAACCCCAGUGGGCCGGAUCUGGUCUAUAAAUUCAAGCCGAAUGAAAUCUUUUCCAUCACUGUUUCCUCUGUAGCAUUGUUCAGAGUUCCUCGCAAGUCACAUUCUUCUCAUUUUCUCGUAAGCUGAUCAACAAACAGAGAUGGGGUUUAUAAUGGAAUUCGCCGAGAAUUUGAUACUGAGGUUGAUGGAGGAUCCGAAGGAGAGAGAUCGACAGUUCAGAGAGCAUUUGUAUACGAUGAAGGACAGGUGCAGCAAGACCAAGGAGAUGUGGAGCUAUCCACUCCGUCCGUACGGUUUCUGGACUUUCGAACGCCACAAUGCUCAGAUCUUUUGGGACGCUCAGAUAAGCCAAGUCCCCGGUCGUCGCGAUCCCUAUGAUGACCUUCUUCAGGACUCCUCCGAUUCAGCCUCCACCACCUCCAAGUAAUUGGAAGAGCCUGAAGCCAUCAAUGCCAAUUAUUUUAAUGGGUGAUGUGUGAGGUGAAUAAUCGAGUCCUUUUAUUGAAAUCGAAUAAGUAUCCCAUGUUAGAGUGAUGGCGGUGAAGACAUUUUUCAGGUGAAAGUUCGACUCCAUACUGUUUAAUUUGCCAUUUUCAUUCUCUUUCCAUCCCUAAUGAUUGUUGAAUAUCCGCUUUAUUAGCAAACUGCUAUAAAAAGUCUAAUGCUAUAUUGGGUUUGUAUUGUAUAUUAUUGUUAAAAAUGAGUCUAGUAUUAUCAAACUUAUAGACUCGUUUAGCUGAGUAAUGUGGCACUCGUCUUGGCUGGUUUGAGUUCAAUUUGUUAAAAUAUAAUAUAUACAGAUAUUGAGUGGUGAAGAAAUUACAACACUCUUAUGCUUUUGGAUAAAUGGAG